AUGACCUACACUACCUAUCCAAGCUUGCAAACACGGCCGUUUGCCGAGCUCUCGCCGACACCAAUUCCUCUCUCCGCCGCCAGUCCACGACAAAGAUACAGUAGCAAUGGCUUCCAUCAUUGCGCGCCGAGCUUUCAGCACCACCGUCCGUCGCCUGGCGACCAGCGAGGAGGCGCUCAAGACCGAGUCGAAGAAGAACCCCGAGAUCAUGAUUCUCGGUGGUGUCAUGGUUUGCGCCAUCGCCGGUGCAGGCUUCUACUUCGGCCGCAGCCCGACGAAGUCCACAUCCGAGAGCCCCGUCCCGCUCGCGAAGAACAGCAUGCCGUGGGAGGCGGGCUCGGGCCAGGGCAAGUACCAGUACUACCCCGGCGGUGAUGCCAAUGCGGCCCCGAAGGAUGCCCCCAGCGCCGUCAACGUCGUCGUCAUUCCUGAUGUCGAGCUCCCCAAGAGGCUCCAUGAUAAGUACAACAAGUGGGGCAAGGACGGUUACUAGAUGUUUCCUUUCUGAGGGAAGAGAAAGGGCGACAAGUGUAGAUAGACUUGGCCGGACAAUCGUUUUCCUGGUCCAGGAUGGUUUGAAUGGAGCUUGUAUGAGUUGUACACGCCUCGUAUCGUCCUGUGGUUUAUGCAUGCCAGCCCAUUGAUGAUACUCGGCGUCUUCUUCUGAGGCGGAGAGUCAACCACGCCUCAACACACGGCCCCCGAGCCUUUUACCAGGCCGUCCCACCGUGGCGCUGCACUUCUCGCUGCGCCGACG